UUUAAGAAAAAAAAAUUAUAAUAGAUAUUAGGACAAUUACGAACAACAAUACUACUAAUGUGUAAUAUGAUACAUUCACAAUUAAAAUCUUUGUUAGAGAAGUAUCAUCAAGAACACUUAUUACAAUUUUGGAAUGAACUUUCUGAAAAUGAAAAAGAAUAUUUAUUCAAUGAUAUUAUGAAUUUAAAUAUUUCUGAAAUGAUUUCUCAAUUUAACAAAGCUACUGCAUUUAACAAUAAUAAAAAACAUUUACUUGAUAAUAAAAUUAAACCUAUUCCUACAAAUGUUAUGGAAUCCAUUCAAAAUUUAUUAAUGGAUAAUGUUCUAUUGUAUGAAAAACUUGGCUUACAAGAAAUUGCUGAUGGUAAAGUUGCAGUAAUUUUACUAGCAGGUGGUCAAGGUACCCGCCUUGGCGUUGAUUUUCCUAAGGGAAUGUAUAAUAUUUGUUUACCAUCUAAUCGAACAUUAUUUGAAAUACAAGCAUUACGAAUUAGAAGUCUACAAAAUUUAGCCAAAGAUAAAUUUGGAAAAAGCAAAGAUAUAACUUGGUACAUAAUGACUAGUGAUGCAACUCAUGAACUUACUGUAGCCUAUUUUGAAAGUAAUAAAUAUUUUGGACUAAAUAAGAAUAAUAUUAUAGCUUUUAAACAAAAUACAAUGCCAUGUUUUACACUUGAUGGAAAAAUUAUUCUUGAUGAAAAAUAUCGUAUAUCAAGAGCUCCAGAUGGCAAUGGUGGUCUUUACAUAGCUUUAAAAAAAGAAGGAAUAUUAAUUGAUAUGAAAAAACGUGGAAUAAAUAGUGUGCAUGUUUAUUCUGUUGAUAACGUUUUAGUAAAAGUAGCUGAUCCAAUGUUUUUAGGAUUUUGCAUCUCUCGUGAAGCAGAUUGUGGAGUGAAAGCAGUAAUAAAGAGAUCAGUAGAUGAACCAGUAGGGAUUAUUUGUCAGAUUGAUGGAUUGUAUACAGUGGCGGAAUAUAGUGAAAUUUCAACUGAUACAGCAAAACUAAGAGAUAAUAAAGGCAAUUUAAUUUUUAGAUCAGGAAAUAUAUGUAAUCAUUAUUUUACUCUCGCGUUUCUUAAUAAUAUCUCAGAAAAUUAUGAAAAAAAUUUAGAUUUACAUAUAGCUAACAAAAAAAUACCAUUUAUUGAUAAAAAUGGUGAAAAAAGUAAACCAAAUAUUCCUAAUGGAGUAAAAAUUGAAAAAUUUGUAUUCGACGUCUUUAAAUACUCUACAAAGUUUGUAGUGUGGGAAGUAUCAAGAGAAGAUGAAUUUAGUGCUUUGAAGAAUUCCAAUAUUAUGAAAAUUGAUUGUCCUUUAACAACACGAAAUGAUCUUUUACGUCUUCACAAAAAAUGGCUUUUAAAUUCAGGAGCCACUAGAGUUGAAGGUGAUGUUGAAAUAUGUCCUUUAAUAUCAUAUGGUGGUGAGAAUUUAAUAGAAAUAGUAAAAAAUACAUCUUUUGAAGGUCCUAUGUGUUUGAAAAUGCCUUAAAUCGUUUAUAUAUUACAAUUUAUAUAUAAUCUUAUUAUUUUAUAUAACAUU